ACUGAUUGAAACACACGCAGACGAGAAUGUGUGGAUAUUUACUUCAAAGCUCUCACUGUAUGAACAAGUUAUUGGAUUGAUAAUACGUCAAAUCUUUUGCCAAAAGUCACCACUCCAAUUUGUUUGCAUAACUCUGCUUUGAUACAAGUUGCACCUAUUUUGUUGUUAUCUUCGCGGGCAAACGUGUACCUCCACCAUCUGCUGAACAAACUGGUGUGGUUUCUAUAGCUAAAAAAAAACCAACACACUGGAGUCAUAUCUUUUCUGAUCUCUGUUGCCAGAGAAAGAAACAAAUUGGAAAGCUGAAAUUUACCGUGCGUGAAUUGAGAUAUUGAAAACGUGUGUGAAUUUGACUGGAACACAUUUUUAUCGUCAGUCAUGAAUGGAAGAACUGCCAUGUGGAAUUUUAACGAUGGAAGACAACGGAUUGUGAAUAUUUAUUUGUACUGGCUUGCCGCCUCGGUAUGCUGCUAUUUCUGUUCAUACACUGCCAAUGCCACACAAGGAUGUUCCGACGGCACAACAGAAGCAUUUGAAUCUCGGCAUAGAUUGGCCGCCUGCGCUGGUUCGUGGGAAGGUCACAUCAACAACAGUAGCUCGUUAUGCGCGCCGGGAUGGAGCGUAUGCAGUUGGACAGACGAGACCAUUUUAAAAUCCAUCUCCUGGGCUGACGCUGUGUCUACGCCGGGGUGUUAUGGGUUCGAUGCCGCCCAUGACAGAGGGCAGUGUGGGCCUUGUCAUGAUAGUAUUGAGCAGGAUGAUAUGGGGGGCGUUGGGAGAGGCUGCCCCCAUCAAAAUGCUGGCCAGACCUCCUGCCUUGGCAAGGGUAGGAUAGACGCCAGCUGCUGUAUGGACGCACACUAUCAGAACGCCUGCUCCUAUCGGCCUGGCAUCACCACCGGGGUACUGUGCUGUAAGAAAUCAGAACGAGAGCCGGUCAUUCACAACCGUCUCCCAGCUGAGGAGACUCUUUCCGAAGGAGAAGGAUUGACCCUUCAUUGCCACGCAUCGGGCAGCCCGACCCCAACCAUCAGAUGGCUCAAGGACAGGUCACCGGUCGAUGUGAAAGACCCAAGAAUUCAUGUUGCCCCAACAGGUACCCUCUACAUUACAAGUCUCAAAACAGAGGAUGCUGGUCAGUACUCGUGUGUUGUGGUCAACUCCGCCGGAAUGGCCAGAGAAGAUUCAUUCCUGAAGGUCACCAAGAACGCUCCCAAAGCUUGCCGUGACGGCUCAACGGAAGGCCUCUCACAUCUUCAAGAUGUUGCAGCCUGUGCCGGCUCUUGGAAAGGACACGUACGCAAGGGAAAGAUCUUAUGCGCGCCGGGGUGGCAUGUGUGUGAUCACAACGACGCUUCACUGCUGAAGGUUGUCAACUGGGUGGAUGCGAACGAGAUGAACGGUUGCUAUGCGUUCAACGCCGCCAACAACUACGGAACUUGCUCAAGUUGCUCAGGAAAGAAAAAUCAAAACAACAUGGCGGGGAUUGGACGCCACUGCUCACAACGACGAAAAAGACAAUCAUCUUGCCUUGGAGAGGGAAGGAUUGACGUAUUCUACGGGAAGCAAAAGUAUGGCGCCCCCAGCUGUUCGUACCAGUCAGGUCUCGUUUCGGGCGUUGUUUGCUGUCGUUUGGUGUCGGAAAACAGAGAAAAGGGAGAACCUUACUGUCUUGGGAAAUGUGAAAAUGGAGGCACCUGCGUUAAGGGAGGAAGAUGCAAAUGUAUGAGCGGAUACAAGGGUGCCCUCUGCAACAUCCCAAUUUGUGAGCCAGAAUGUGAUGUCGGCAGUGAAUGCAUCAGACCAGGCGUCUGCAGCUGCAGAAAGUUCUCAGACGACGGUCUGUGCGGCUCCAGUAAGCUUGACGGAAAGAGUAAAAAACGAUUCACAGGGACGUGCCGACGGCUCUGCAUGCAUGGUGGAAAAUGUGAACAUGGCGGAUGCUUCUGCCCUGCGACCACAAGAGGGCGCUACUGCCAACAUGUUCUCCCUCCAUACAACGACUUUAAAGAGAUAUUGUUUGACACGGUACGAUAAACGCAAACGCCCUCCUGAAGACUUCAACAUCUGUACAUAGAAUCUUAGUUCGUAUGAGAAAACUGUUUAUAUUUGAUAUUAUUGUCUAGCCUUCAUGUGCACUUUAUUGUAUUUUAAAUACUUCUAGAACCGUAAAGUGGCAUCGCUGAUUUAAGUUUGUAAAGGAAAUAAGUUGUAUAUAUGUAAACUAUUACUUGUCCUAAUAUUAUUGAUACUUGUACACUUUAUUAUUGGAGGGGGUAUUGUGGUCAUAGGCCAACAUUAUUCUUUAUUUAUUUUGCUGUUAAUCAAACAAAUUGCCCAUUCUGGCAGAAAUGUAGACACAUUCUAGGUAUGACGACCAAUGAGAAAUUAUGACAGUUUUUUUAGUUUUUUUAAGGGGGCGGGGACAAGGCUCAGGGGAGGAGCAUACAAGAGAUGUAAGAAAGACAAUAGUUUAAUUACAGGGCCAUUUAGAAACUACAGUUUGGGCAUAUUGCUUAGGCUCAGACCCUGUCAGUUGAUUAGAAAACAUGCACUUUCUAUACAGUGCUUCAAAACAGGAGGACAGAGCCUGAGCACAGCUAACCGUGGUUUUGAAAAGGGUCACAGACUCUGUGCGAACUAAUACGGUCGGCCAUUUAUGGGAGUCAAAAAUUUGAG